UAUCUGCAGGAAUGAUUGCAACUAUCAGUCUCGGACUCACCGCCCGGCUGAGGAGGUGAAAGUUUCUCCACAGGACGAAAAACUACAGAAGACGUUGCAUUGCGUGAUUCUGGCCAACGGUUGAAUAAAAGCGAAAAAAUCUAGCUCUGAAAAAUAAAAAGUAAACGUAGAGGUGGGUGUGAGCGUAUCUGAUUAAGACGCACAACCCUCAAAGCGAAAGCAGAGAUUUGCGCGUGCGUUCAUAUUUUUCUUGCAGUUGCUACUGCAGACUUACGAUGCUCCUUGACGCAGGGCCACAGUAUCCUGCCAUAGGAGUAACUACGUUCGGUUCCUCCAGACAUCAUUCAACAGGCGAAGUCACCGAUAGAGAAGUUGGGUUGGGGUUAAAUCCGUUUGCUGACGGGAUGGGAGCUUUCAAAAUCAACCAUGGUACUCACGAACUUGGUUCUGGACAAACAGCUUUCUCUUCGCAGACUCCGAGCUACGCAGCGGCCGCUUUGGGGCAUCACCACCACCCUGCUCAUGUAAGCUCCUACUCAACUGCAGCGUUCAACUCCACCAGGGACUUUCUGUUCCGAAAUCGGGGAUUCGGUGACGCAGCAAGCGCACAACACAGUCUUUUUGCCUCAGCGGCAGGAACUUUCGCAGGGGCUCAUGGACACUCAGAUGCCACCGGACACCUUCUAUUCCCGGGACUGCACGAGCAGGCAGCCACACAUGGGUCUCCGAACGUUGUAAAUAGUCAGAUGCGUCUGGGGUUUACCGGGGACAUGUACGGCAGAGCAGAACAGUAUGGGCAGGUGACGAGUCCCAGGUCUGAGCACUAUGCAUCGACACAGUUGCACGGUUAUGGUGCUAUGAAUAUGAAUAUGGCUGCACACCACGGGGCUGGGGCCUUUUUUCGAUACAUGAGGCAACCGAUUAAACAAGAGCUUAUCUGUAAGUGGAUUGAACCGGACCAGCUGUCGAAUCCCAAAAAGUCUUGUAACAAAACUUUCAGCACCAUGCACGAGCUCGUGACUCACCUCACUGUUGAGCAUGUUGGGGGCCCAGAACAGUCAAAUCACAUCUGCUUUUGGGAAGAAUGUCCCCGGGAAGGCAAGCCAUUUAAAGCUAAAUACAAGCUAGUUAAUCAUAUCAGAGUGCACACGGGCGAGAAGCCGUUCCCAUGCCCAUUUCCCGGCUGUGGCAAAGUAUUCGCAAGAUCAGAAAAUCUAAAAAUCCACAAAAGAACUCACACUGGCGAAAAACCAUUUAAAUGCGAGUUUGAAGGUUGUGACAGGCGGUUUGCGAACAGCAGUGAUCGUAAGAAACAUAUGCACGUCCACACGUCUGACAAACCCUAUCUCUGCAAAAUGUGUGACAAAUCUUACACACAUCCCAGUUCCCUCAGAAAACACAUGAAGGUUCACGAAUCGUCUUCAUCAGGGUCACAACCCUCUCCAGCAGCCAGUUCAGGGUACGAAUCAUCCACGCCUCCAACAAUUGUAUCUCCAUCCGCAGAGAACCAAAGCAGCAGCGCUAUAUCUCCAGCGUCCUCAACAGUGCAUCACGCGACCAGUCAUCACAGCGCGCUGUCGUCAAAUUUUAACGAAUGGUACGUCUAAAAUAUUUUUACGACUGCAGAGUUAGGACUGCUCGGACUCAAAGACCACAAAAGCUACACAGUAAGCACGGACUGAAACACGUGGAACCCAAAGUUCUUUGGUAAACGGCUGUUUUUCAAAGGUUGAGGCUUGAGCAAUAUGAUAAAACGUCCGACGCCCGAGUUAGGGUCUUGAAAGACUGUACACAGGAUAUCUCAAAUUGCAUGCUAUUUGCGAGUUGCGGCCUGUUUGUAUAUAAAGAUUUACUUGUUUCAUAUGUAAUAUGUAAUUUUGUAAAUAGAUAUAUCACAGUUUAAGGGAUUUUGUGAAAAAUGUGGUCCCCAAAUUUAUGGAAACUGAAAAUGUUGUGAAGAAAUAUGCGGUUAAUAGUCUUGAUUGACAAGAAUGUUACGGUUAAUGUGUACCAAAUGUGAAUUACCCUGUAUGGUUACGCGUCGAAUUAACCGACUAUUAGUGUUAAUGUGAUUUUGUAUACAGUGGAAACAUUUCGUCUCGCAGUCUAGUCUGAGUACAGUAAAUUGUUGUUAUCAAAUGUCAUGUCGAUAAAUCGUAUAGUAAAAGCCUGAAACUCCGUGUCACUCUGUUUAUGUAAAAGGUGAUAUAUAUGUAUAGUAGCCAAUAUACGAACUAUCUGUCAUUUUCCAAAAUUAUCUGUUCAUUGCCUUGGAAAAGUAAAAAAAAAAAAAAAAAAAAAGAAAAUAGAUGUGCAGCACAAAUUUCCAUA